ACGGGCCGGCCGGGUGCUGUUCGCCAAGAUGGCGGACGAGGAGGGCGAAGGGCUGCCGCGCUCGGCGGCCGCGCCGCACCGGAACGGCGGCGGUGAGGGGGCCCCGGCGGGGCCGGGCGGGCCCCGCGUCGUCCGUAUCGUCAAGUCGGAGUCCGGUUACGGCUUUAACGUACGCGGUCAAGUGAGCGAGGGCGGCCAGCUCCGGAGCAUCAACGGCGAGCUGUACGCCCCGCUGCAGCAUGUCAGCGCCGUGCUGGGCGGCGGGGCCGCCGACCGCGCUGGGGUGCGCAAGGGAGACCGCAUCCUGGAGGUGAAUGGGGUGAAUGUCGAAGGAGCAACACACAAGCAAGUGGUGGACCUGAUUCGCGCAGGAGAGAAGGAGUUAAUUCUGACAGUGUUGUCCGUGCCUCCCCACGAGGCAGAUAAUCUCGAUCCAAGCGAUGACUCUUUGGGGCAGUCAUUCUAUGACUACACGGAAAAACAAGCUGUGCCCAUCUCCAUCCCCACGUACAAGCAUGUGGAGCAAAACAGCGAGAAGUUUGUGGUCUACAAUGUUUACAUGGCGGGCCGCCAGCUCUGCUCGAAGCGGUACCGGGAGUUUGCCAUCCUGCACCAGAACCUAAAACGGGAAUUUGCCAACUUCACUUUUCCGCGUCUCCCGGGGAAGUGGCCAUUCUCUUUGUCGGAGCAGCAGCUGGACGCCCGACGGCGAGGGCUGGAGGAGUACCUGGAGAAAGUGUGUUCGAUACGUGUCAUUGGGGAGAGCGACAUCAUGCAAGAGUUCCUGUCGGAGUCGGACGAGAAUUACAAUGGCGUCUCAGAUGUGGAGCUCCGAGUAGCACUACCAGAUAUAACAACAGUGACAGUAAGAGUCAAAAAGAACAGCACUACAGACCAGGUGUACCAGGCUGUGGCUGCGAAAGUUGGAAUGGACAGUAUUACCGCAAACUACUUCGCCUUGUUUGAAGUGAUCAAUCACUCCUUUGUGCGCAAACUGGCACCCAACGAAUUCCCCCACAAGCUCUACGUGCAGAACUACACCUCGGCGGUGCCGGGAACGUGCCUGACCAUCCGAAAAUGGCUCUUCACUACAGAGGAGGAGGUUCUUCUCAAUGACAACGACCUGGCAGUCACCUACUUCUUCCAUCAGGCUGUUGAUGAUGUCAAGAAAGGCUACAUCAAAGCAGAGGAGAAGUCCUACCAGUUACAGAAGCUGUGUGAGCAGAGAAAGAUGGUCAUGUAUUUAAACAUGUUACGGACGUGUGAGGGUUAUAACGAGAUCAUCUUCCCCCAUUGCUCCUGUGACUCCCGGCGGAAGGGGCAUGUGAUCACAGCCAUCAGCAUUAAGCACUUUAAACUCCACGCCUGCACGGAGGAGGGCCAGCUGGAGAACCAGGUAAUAGCAUUUGAAUGGGACGAAAUGCAGCGGUGGGACACGGACGAAGAGGGAAUGGCGUUUUGUUUUGAAUACGCACGAGGCGAGAAGAAACCCCGAUGGGUUAAAAUCUUCACCCCCUAUUUCAACUACAUGCACGAGUGCUUCGAACGGGUUUUCUGCGAGCUCAAGUGGAGGAAGGAGGUGGAGGAGGAAGCAACAGACAAGGAUAACAAGAACUGCAGUAAAGACAAUAUGUGCAGCAAGAAACACGUGGUCCCGACUUGCCUGUCUCCUGGACUCUGCCAAUCUUUGGAUGACCUGGAAUGUGACGCUGCAGCUGAUGGCUGAGCUCCGAGCCCUUCACCUCCCCGGAGGAGAGGGAAAGGGCGCAGUUGUAAAGGGGACAAACGCUUUGGCUCUGCACUUCUUUUAAAGGACGACAGACUUGAUCCUGCAAGCUGCAGGCUAGUGGCGCGUGGUUUUUCUCUUUUGUUGUUCUGCAGGGGUGGAGCAAAGACCUUUAGAGAUUGACAAAUGCCGUUCGCAGCGCUGCUUUAACAGCAGGGAGCACAAACACUUGUGUUGUAGCACCUCGUAAACGCGCCUCUCUCCUCCUGCCGCUCUCUGCCUGGCCUUUUUCGCAUUCAACCUGGACGGGAUUUAAAGCUAAACACUUUAAAUUGCUUCAAGAUGCACCAGGAAGCAUCCGUGAAUGUCGCCUGCCCGUGUCUAGGAUAUCUUCUUGUAGGCUUUUAUCCCAGCACCUUUGCCAUAGCGUGGUGCCGUAGCCGUGGAGGCGGCUUGCAGAGAGCCAUCCAGCGCUGCGAUGCCGGCACGGUGGGGUGUGCCGAGCGCCGCAGCCCCUGUGGAUGCCUCUCUGCAAGCGUGAGGGCUCGUAGCGUCCUCCGCAGGGAUGCGGGAGUGCCGUUCGUUCGUUCCGCCACCCUGGACCCAGCACUUUGUCAUACUCCCACUUCAAACAGUACUUCUUUGCUCGGGCGUCGGAAAUAGCUGCGGGUUAUUUAGCUUGUGAGAGGGAAAGCGCGGUUGUGUGUAGCGGAGCUGAAAGUUGUUAACCCCAGCGGUACUGGUAGGUGCUUCUCUCGGGUAAGAGUUGUGUGGUGUUGGCUAGAAAGUGUUGGACAUCAAAGAGGGCAGGAGCCCCCGUCUGACUGAUCCGAAAGCUGUAGCAGGCGGUGUGGGAUAUGUCGCCUGUUCGGAAAAGAGCUGUGAAAUGUGGGGGUGUGGGAGCCUGCCGCCCCGUGUGACACUUCCUCUGCCAAGCAGAUCCUGUGCGAUAACGCUCCCCGCAAUCGCGCUGGGGUAAACCCUUGAGUCCCAAAACGCCGAACGUGUGCUGCACGGGGCGUGUUUGAGGAAGAACAGGCAAAGGUUUUGUGUGCAGUCACGCAUCUGUUCCUGUGUUGCCCCUUCAAACUUAAAAGUGGGUGUUUGAUGUCUUCUCUACAAAGCCUGGAGACACCGAGAGGGAUUCUCCCGUGCUGCUCGCAGGGGAACAGGGCGGCUCGGCAGAAACAAAGAGCCGCAGUUUGCUGUAGCCGCGCUGCGGCUCUGCUCCUCUUCGCCUUGCUCCGGGCGAGCCCGCGGGAAGGGACUGAGGAUUGUCUGGCUCUGGAAGUUAAACAGCCUCGUUGAGCGGGAGAGCUGGUGGGUGAGUCAGGAGAGCUGGGGGCAGUGGAAGAGCUGUGCUCGGAGCUGCUGGCUCCCAGGGACUGUGUAAAACUUGGCCCUUGCUUAGCCCUGGCAGCAAGCGAACCAGUUUCCCUCCGGGGAGGAGGAGGAGGCGACGGCAGUGGCGCUGAGGGCGGCAGACCUCCCUGGGAGGCUUUGCAAUCCGCACAGCCACGCCAAGGAGCGAGCUGGGCACUGCGAGCCAGGCGCUGGGCUUUGCACCGUGCCCUCUGGACGCAGCAAAAGCCGCAAGGAACAACCUCUGCCAUCGCGUCCCCCCUGCCCGCCGCAGCCCCGGUGCCGACAGAGCCCCAGGAAGCGGCGGGAGCCAAGCGGCAGCGGCCGCCGUGCCAGCCUGGCUCGCUGCGGGUUGCUCGGUUCUGCUUCCUGCCGGGGCUGGUGCUCCAGGGCUCGGGUGGCUCACGGCGCUGGCUGAGCAUCGCCUCUUCCCCGCAGCCCAUGAGACGCCUCCUCCUGGGCCUGCAGUAACGGCUCUGGAAACGGAAACCAGGGGAAUUGCUUUUCCUUCCUUCUUAAAUCAGUUGUUCCUCAGUACUAAGCGUCCCAUUACUUCCCUGCCAGGGAAAUAGAUUUUUCUCACACUCAAUUUAUGUGUGUCUGCAUGAUUCGGCUUGGCGUAAGGAGACGAGCCCUCGGCUGUGGCUCCGGGGUGGUGCCUCCCCCGGGCUGAGCUUUGUGGGUCCCGAUGCAGCUCCCAACACCCCCCUCAGGGCACGGGGCACCCCCCAAAUGCUGCCUGUUCUGACCGAUCCUGUCUCCAGCCUUAGGGGAGGGAAAGCUGUUUGCAGAUCAGGAGGAUUUCUGACCAGUCACUUGGUAAUUUUCCCUCUCCAGCAUAAAAUAAAAAGAUUGAUGGAAUUUGGCAGAUACUUUACAGAUAUAUUUAGUGCUCUGUAAACUGCUGACUUGCCUCCCAAACCGCAGAUGCUGGCUGAUAACGCUGGGUGUGCUCAGGAAGAGCAGGUUUGAGGCUGAGCUGCUCUGCCAUCUCGCCGAGAAAUAAAAGCCUGGCCCUUUGUGGGACGCCUCUUGUCCCCGCCGGGCGCUGAGGGGACGUGGUGGGCCCGUUGUGUCACCUCCCCAGCGGGGUGCACGGCUCUGUGGAGGCUGUGGCUGGCUUGCUGCAGGUGAUGAGCUCCCUUUGGGGCUGUCGGGGGGGGGCUGGGACCUCGUGGCUGAAGUCGUGGUAGGGGGACUGUGCUGUGGGGCAGGGGGGGCAGUCGCUGGUGAUGGCACCAGGGCAGGGGGGACGCAGGGAAAUGGCUCCGUCCUGCUUUCAGGAGAGCUGAGCUGCUGCUCGGCUCGGCUUUGCUCUUGCAAGCGUAAUGUGGGUUACGUGCAGCCUCUGGCCCUUUUCUAGGGGGAGGGAUGCUCGCGGAGCCAGGAGAGCGAGGGGCUUCCAGCGGGAGCCCGUCCCGGUCUGAGCGCUGCCACCGGCCUCCUUCCUGCCCUCCUCGAACCUGCUGAGCUCCAGCCCUGGGGCUGAGCCACCUUCCUGCAGGGCGUUAUUUGCCUCGUCUGGCCCCACGUGCCGGGAGGAUUCGUUAGCGCUGGGAUGUGCCGGAUUGAGGCUUCCAGCCAGCGCCGCGGCUCUCCGCAGCCGCGCACCCCAGGCAGGAGGACCCCGGCGUCUCUCAACCCUCAGCGCAUCCUUAUCCCGGAGCUACCCCCGGCUCCGGGGACCCCUCCAGCCUCCGCCGGGACCGCUCCUCCCCUGCUGCUGGGAAGCCGGAGGAUGCGGUGGGGCAGCACGGGAUGCAGCAGGACCAUCCCUUGCCGCCUGGGAUCUUCUCCCAUCGGAGCUGGCCCGGAGCAGGGCGGCAGCAGACCCAUCCCAGCUCGGCAUGGCGCGGUGGGUGGCUCCCUGAGCCGCCCCUGCCAAAACUGCUGGGCCAGGAGAGACCCAUCUACGAACGGGUGUCUGAAUCCCGCCUGCUCCAUAAGACCCGGCUCUCCCCAGCUCUGCGCUGAGCUGAGACCCUCUCCCCUCCCGGGGGCUCACAGCGGGCCGGGACGCAGCAGCGGGAGCUGGAGCUUGGCACCGGAGCUGGGAUGUGACACACGUUGGCACCAGGAGGGCUCCUUGCUCCUGGAGCAUCACCCUGGGGGCAGCUCGCGGGGGGUGUAGGAUGCGGUUUGGCUACCAGCCCCUUGGCUCCUUGCCCUGCCGGCUGGGGGGCAGCCCGGGGGCCGUUGCCCAUCGGAUCAGGGUGCAGAGGGGCUCGGGGGAGCUGCGGGCCGUUUGCCCUGCAGAGAGCCCCCGGCUUCAAGCGGUGUCAGCAGCAGUGCUGGCCCGCCCCCGGGCCUAGGUAGGGGACAGGCAGACCCCCACAGGUCACCCCCAGCCCUUCUGCGCUCACAGGGCUGCGGUGGGGCUUGGCAGGAGUCGGACCCGGCUCUUCCCGAGUGAUGUCGUGCUUUUAAUGUCCUUUUUCUUCUCUUUCAGAAUAUCUUUCAGAUGGUCAGGUCACAGCAGAGGGACGCGGCCACUUAGCCCCUCAUCAUGGAAGAACGUAAACUUCCCCCCCCCCCCAAUUAACACUUAAAAUUCUGUUAUCGUAUUAAAGCCCUUAAACUAAA